GACUAUUCUUCUCAUAUUCAGAUAAAAACUUCGCGGAUAGAACUGCUACUGACGACAAUCUAUCAUAAUUUGAACAAACGGCUCGUUUCUUCGCAACAUAUCGACACUGACAAGUCGAUAUCGUUAUUAUUGAGUUUUUUAUUAGGAACCUAUGAUAAGCAACAAACCGGUCGAUUGACAGUGUUUUCGAUAAAAAUAGCUUUGGCGACAAUAUGUGCCGGAAAACUAGUGGACAAGUUGAGGUAUAUGUUCUCUCAAAUUUCGGAUUCGUCUGGCUUUCUGGAAUACGAUCGAUUUACUGACUUCAUGCAGCAGGUAUUAGCAUUGACGACGGCCGUUUUUGAAGCGCCAACGUUUGGAUUCUCGGAGGCUGCCGUGUCACAGUGUUUUGUGAAGGUGAAUUUCCAGCCCCAUUUUGCGUUUUCUCUUUUCAAUCGAUUUCUUCCAUUUCCUUCCCCAAUUCUUCCAGGCCGUCUAUGUCGAUUUAGCCCUUUCUUCCUCUACUUUCUAUUUAAACGUUAUUUGGGCUUUCCUAUUAUGUGUUUUUAA